CAGGCAGAGCCUUACAGCCAGCUGGAGGGAAGGGAGCACAAGGGGAAUCUCUGCGCCCUGGACAUCCCUCCUCCAAAUGAACUGUUCUCCCCUUGGAUCUAACACUGACACAGAGCACCAGAAGAGCCUCUCUCCUACAGCAGCCGCACCAUUGGCAGCCCUAGCACCCAGCCACCCUCUGCGCCAGGCGAACAGACUGCCCAUCAGGGUGCUCAAAAUGCUGACUGCACAUACAGGACACUUACUGCACCCGGAGUACUUACAGCCUCUGUCCUCCACCCCUGUCAGCCCUAUAGAGUUGGAUGCCAAGAAAAGUCCACUCGCUCUCUUGGCCCAGACCUGCUCACAGAUUGGAAAGCCGGAUCCCCCUCCAUCCUCUAAACUAAAUUCUGUGACUUCCAGCGGCAUAAGCGAGAAAGACAGCAGCCGUUCGUCCUCGCUGAAGCUCGGUGAGUCUCCUCUGGAGGACAAGUCCAGCUUUAAGCCCUACUCCAAGGGAGGGGAGAGCAGGAAGGAAAGCAGCUCUUCUAAUGGUGGCUCUUCGGAUAAGGCUGGAUUUAGGGUGCCCAGUGGUUCUUGCCAACCUUUUCCUCCUCAUGCUUCGUCUCCAUCGUCAAGGGUGAGCUCUCCCGGACAGCAUUGUGACUCUAAAAAUAAUGAAAGCCAAGACAAAAAAGAACCGGAAGCCAUCAAAAUCAGCUCAGAUGUGUCUCAAGCCAACACUACUCAUACAAGAGCCAGUACUAGCAACUCCAGUGCAGAGUCCAGCCAAAGUGGAGAUGUUACUCCUAGCAGCAAAUCCGAGCCACCGUCCCUUGGAUCAGGUCACGUGGCACCUGUUUCUCCCUACAAACCUGGACACUCAGUCUUCCCUCUUCCACCCUCUGGCAUGGGAUAUCAUGGAUCCAUUGUGGGUGCCUAUGCUGGAUACCCAUCCCAGUUUGUCCCUGGGCUGGAUCACACCAAAACAGGCCUAGUUGGAAAUCAGCUCCCUGGGACUUUAGGCUUGCCAGGGAAACCACCCAGCUCCAGUCCUCUGACUGGCGCCUCUCCUCCUUCUUUCAUGCAAGGAUUAUGCAGGGACCCGUAUUGCUUGAGCUACCACAACGCCUCCCAUCUGGGCUCCAGCAGCUGCUCUACCUGUGUGCACGAUCCAUCAGCCCUCAAGUCUGGAUAUCCCUUAGUUUACCCCAGCCAUCUGCAUUCGGUGCACACCACGUUGUCUUCCAGCGUCACCCCUUCCCUUUCUGGUCACCCUCUCUACACAUAUGGCUUUAUGCUCCAAAAUGACCCAGUCCCCCAUAUAUGCAACUGGGUGUCUGCCAGUGGACCUUGUGACAAAAGAUUUGCCACAUCAGAAGAACUUCUUGCCCACUUACGGACACACACAGCCAUGCCCGGGGCCGACAAACUUUUGGCCGGUUACCCUACAUCUGGUUUGGGUUCUGCUGCUUCCUGCCACCUACACCUUCCACCCACAGGGCCUGGAAGUCCUACCACAUUGCCGGGGUCUCUGUCUUUAAGGAGUCCACACACUUUUGGACUAAGUAGGUACCAUCCGUACGGAAAGAGCCACCUAACAACCCCCAGUGGUCUCCCAGUGCCCUCUUUACCAGCAGGAUCUUACUACUCCCCAUACGCUCUAUAUGGACAGAGGUUAACGUCAGCUUCAGCGCUAGGAUACCAGUAAAUAGAACUCGCCAACCCAUAGACUGUAUAUUUAUUUACUGUAUGUUAGCUUCAAGCUGGGAAUAUUAAGUGCAUUAUUUACAACAACAAUCCAAUGGUAUGCAAACAUUCUGUGCCCCCAAACAGUUCUUUUGCAAUAUCAUUUAGUCUUCCAUUUGGCCUCUUGUUUUUUUUUUCUUUUUUAUGUUUGUUUUACUUUUGCCUUUUAUUUUAUUUGACCUUUUUUCUUUCUGGUUUGCAUGAUACUCAUCGCUUAACCUGCCCUUUCAUUUAUUUCCUGGUUUUGUUUUGUUCUUUUGUUUAGUUUUUGUAUUUUUUUUUUUAAAGGGGGUUAAAAAAGAAUUCUCAUCCUCCUUAUAAUUUUGUACAGCUCUAAAGAAGUGUAUUUUUUGUAAUGUGUUCUUGGCAUGGUGGGAGCGGGUGGGAGAAGAGAGUCGAAAAAAAAAUUGCGUUGGUUGCUAUUCAGAAUUGGCAAAUCUUAUUUUGUUUAAUAAAUGAAAAACUUAAUUCUCCGCUCUGUGUUCUUUUAAAUGACAUUCAGUUUUUUUUUUGUUUGUUUGUUUUUUUGUUUAUUUAUUUCCCUUCAUGCUUUCUGAAAUAUUUUUCACAUGGGUAACUUGCAUAACAUAAUAUGAAAGAAACCUCAAUGCCAAAGCGUUCAAUAGUACAAUAUCUGGAAUGUAUUGAUUACAAUAAACAUU